UUGUUGUAUCUGGAUUCGCUGGGGUUCACGGACGGGUUUCCAUUUUCACGGUUGGACGCGAACGGAACAAUAAUAAUAUGGAUCCGGACAUGGAGGACAAAACCGUGGAGCUCAUGUGUUCUUUGCCUCGUUCUGUCUGGCUGGGUUGUUCCUCGGUGGCUGAGAGUCUGUGUGCUCUUAGAUGCCUGCAGAGCCUCCCCACCUCCCGGGCCCACAACCAGAACAUGACAGUGAUGGAGUCACAAACAAACACGGAUGAAGUCCUGCAGAAGAAGACAUCAGUAUAUAAGUUAGGGAACGGUUCUGUGGUAGCUUCGCGGAAGAGGUUAUCUCAAGGAAACUUCGAGAAGGAGAAAGAAUUGUGCAUCCAGCUGUUCGAUCAGUGGUCAGAAUCUGAUCAGGUGGAGUUUGUGGAACGUCUGAUCUCACGAAUGUGCCAUUACCAACACGGCCAUAUAAACUCAUACCUUAAACCUAUGUUACAGAGAGACUUCAUCACAGCGCUGCCAGCUCAGGGUCUGGAUCACAUAGCCGAGAACAUCUUGUCAUUUCUAGACGCUCGUUCACUAUGCUCCGCUGAGCUGGUAUGUAGAGAAUGGCAGAGGGUCAUCUCAGAUGGGAUGCUGUGGAAGAAACUCAUCGAGAGGAUGGUCCGCACAGACCCCCUGUGGAAAGGCCUAUCAGAGCGACAUCAGUGGGAGAAAUAUUUGUUUAAAAACCGAACGAACGAAGUCCCGCCCAAUUCAUACUACCAUUCACUCUAUCCCAAAAUUAUACAGGACAUUGAGACGAUUGAAGCGAACUGGCGCUGUGGACGUCACAAUCUUCAGAGGAUUCAGUGCCGGUCAGAGAACAGUAAAGGAGUUUACUGCCUCCAGUAUGAUGACGAAAAGAUCAUCAGCGGCCUGCGAGACAACUCUAUCAAAAUCUGGGAUAAGCAGACCCUGGAGUGUUUAAAGGUUCUGACGGGUCACACUGGAUCAGUUCUGUGUCUGCAGUACGACGACAGAGUCAUAGUGACGGGCUCCUCUGAUUCUACUGUCAGGGUUUGGGAUGUUUCUUCUGGUGAGGUUCUCAACACUCUGAUCCAUCACAACGAGGCGGUUCUGCACCUGCGGUUCUGUAACGGGCUUAUGGUCACGUGUUCUAAAGAUCGCUCCAUUGCAGUGUGGGACAUGGCGUCUGCCACAGACAUCAGCCUGCGCCGGGUGCUCGUGGGUCACCGUGCUGCCGUCAACGUGGUGGACUUCGACGACAAAUACAUCGUGUCUGCAUCCGGAGACAGGACCAUUAAAGUAUGGAGCACAAGCACGUGUGAGUUUGUACGGACACUUAACGGUCACAAGCGCGGCAUCGCCUGCCUUCAGUACCGAGACAGACUGGUGGUCAGUGGAUCUUCAGACAACACUAUCAGGUUGUGGGACAUUGAGUGCGGCGCUUGUCUGCGGGUUUUGGAGGGUCACGAAGAGCUGGUCCGCUGCAUCCGAUUCGAUAACAAGAGGAUUGUGAGCGGAGCAUAUGAUGGGAAAAUCAAAGUUUGGGAUUUGCAGGCCGCUCUGGAUCCACGAGCCCCCGCCAGUACACUGUGUCUGCGCACCCUUGUUGAGCAUUCUGGGCGUGUGUUCCGUCUGCAGUUUGAUGAGUUCCAGAUUAUUAGCAGUUCCCAUGACGACACAAUACUUAUAUGGGACUUCCUGAAUGUUUCCACCAAUGGACAGCCAGAUGGACCGUCGCCCUCACGAACCUAUACGUACAUCUCUAGAUAGCAGGUCCCUCUUCUAUGUGCUAGUGUUUCCUGGGAGAGCUGAUUGGUUGUCGGCUGUGUCUGUCAAGGAAUGAUAUCAGAGGGUCGCCACCUCUUCUCUGACUGGCUAUAAACUUUAAAAACACGCACAUGCCCACAUGAACUCAUGUACUCACGCUUUGCCAAACAAAACACACACUAAAGACUCUGAAGCGCUACAUGAGGGAACACUUGAGAAUCUUGAAACAAAGCACCGUUCUGCUUUUGCGUGGUGCGAAAAUGACAAGCACAAACACACAUGCACACACACACACUCACUCAUUUUUUUGAUUUGAGUAUUUUAUUGCUGCUCAAAUAACCAGAAUAUUCUCGAGGUGAAGCUCUACACUGAAAGCUCGACAGUAAUGUACGAUUGAUGGACGGGUUCACGGACAAGGGUGAGAAACAUGAAAGAUUUUUGGACUGUUGAGAGAGAAUGACACUCUGCAGAAGCAAACGAAGACAUGCAGAAAUGAAAGUUUGGAGAGCAUUCUUUGCCUCUCCGCCGUUCUGAUGUUUCUCAGCACACCUCUGCUUUAGGAUCACGGGUUUAUUCAGGCUGGAUGUGUGGACCGGAGGUCAGCAUGCAUGUGAGGCUCGACUGGACGCCUCUUUCCCUUCUGUCUUUCAUUUUUAUGAUUUUUUUUAUUUUUCUUUAUCUCUUUAUCAUGGUUGUUUGCCAUUCAAUGUCUAGUCUGUUUCUCUAUCUCUGCCUGCCUGCUCAUUGAGGGCCGACUGGUUGUAAACGGAUUUGUCUUGUCAGAUUAUGUUGUAUAUUAAAAAAGAGUUUUUUUUUAUGAAAAAUAUUGUGAAAUAAAGAACUUGAUCAUGUGGA